AUGAAGGUCAGUUACUUUGUUUUCAUAUUAAUUAGUAUAUUCUCUAUGUCACAGGCAUCUUCUUUAUCAUCAUACAUCGUAACUUUUCCCAAGACAGACGAUGUUGCUACGAACCAAAACAGCAUUAUUGAAGAUGUCAAAAAGUACGUGGUAGACAUGGGUGGGAAGAUCACGCACGAGUAUAGCUUGAUAAAGGGCUUUACUGCGGAUUUACCUGAUAACGAUAAAGUUUUGGGCAACUUAAAGGAUCAUUUGGAGGAUAUCGAGAAUAAGUUCGGGACCAAAUGCAACUUGGAAAAGGAUUCAGAGGUUCACGCUUUAAACCGUGACCAUUUGGUCGCCUAG